AGCCUCUCGCUCAGGUGGCAUUUGUCACGAAAAACUGGCGAAAUGUUGCGUAUCAUGGACCGUGGUACAAGCAGUGUGUCCAAUAUCUUGUCCUAUUUGGCCUUCAACAUCGUGCCGACCAUCAUCGAUAUUAUCAUUGGAGUGGUCUACUUCUUGAGUGCGUUCAAUGUCUGGUACGGGCUGAUCGUUAUAGCCACCAUGGGAGUUUAUUUAGCGUCGACUAUGGCUGUGACGGAAUGGCGUGCCAAAUAUCGUCGGGAUAUGAACGAGAAGGAUAAUCACAAGAGCACAAAGGCUGUUGACGCACUACUGAACUUUGAAACUGUGAAAUAUUUCAAUGCCGAAAACUCUGAGCUUUCCAGAUUCCGAACUGCCUUCCUUGACUACCAGAAAGCCGAAUGGUGGACAAAUUUCUCGCUGAACGUGUUGAAUACCGUUCAGAACGUCACGGUGACUAUCGGACUGCUUGUUGGGACAUUGCUUUGUGCACACGAUGUGGUUUUGGGCACGCUGACCGUUGGAGACUUUGUGCUGUUCAACACCUAUAUGUUGCAGUUGUAUUCACCAUUGAGCAUCUUCGGCAUGUAUUACAGGAUGCUACAAACCAGUCUUAUCGAUAUGGAGAACAUGUUCGAUCUGCUGGACGAGCAACCCGAAGUUUUGGACACACCGAAUGCCAAGGAUCUUUGCGUUAUGGGAGGCGAAGUGGAAUUCAGAAAUGUUUGUUUCCAUUAUACGGUGGAACGUCCCAUCUUGAAGAAUAUAUCUUUUAAAGUUCCAGCUGGACACACAGUUGCUUUGGUUGGCCAGUCGGGGGCAGGAAAAUCUACCAUAGUUCGCCUACUUUUCCGACUGUACGACGUUGUCCAAGGUGAGAUCCUCAUUGACGGGCAAAAUGUCGCGGACCUAACACAGGCGUCGGUUCGGCGCGCCAUCGGUGUUGUGCCUCAGGACACCGUGCUGUUCAACGAUACCAUACGCUACAACAUUCGCUAUGGACGUCAGACAGCCACCGACGAAGAAGUGCUGGAAGCCGCCUGUGCUGCGGACAUUCACGAACGCAUACUGGAAUUCCCCGACCAAUAUGAAACUAUUGUUGGCGAACGGGGGUUGAAACUUAGCGGUGGCGAGAAACAACGCGUUGCCAUUGCACGUAACGUGCUGAAGAAUCCGUACAUCAUGCUGCUGGAUGAGGCCACCUCUGCUCUGGACACGACAACCGAACGGAUCAUUCAAUCAAGUCUGUACAAAAUGGCCCAGAAUCGAACAACACUGGUCGUAGCCCACCGCCUCUCGACCAUCGUGAAUGCCGACGAGAUCAUCAUGAUGCACCAGGGCGAGAUUGUCGAGCGAGGAACUCAUCACCAACUCUUAGCGAUACCGGACGGGCGGUAUGCGAAACUGUGGCAGGCACAGAGCGAGACGGGACAGAAUUCGAUCGACAGAAUUGAUAGCCGUCCUGUCCUAUGACAAUUACGGUUAUAUGACUUGAAUGUGGUUCUCCUAUGCGCUUCAUUGUGUUUCAAACGCAUAAGACCUCCGGAACAACUACUGGAAAUGUAUGAAGUCAAGAUGAAUUGGGUUUUUUCAUCUCAUGGGCCAGUAUCUAGUAUUCCUUUAGAUGCUUUACGCAUGAACAUCUACUCUGUCAUGUCACAUAGAGUUCGCG